CCCCGCUGUCGCCAUCUUUGUUGAGGGCAGCCGGCAGCCGUGGGAGGGAAGAGGCGGCGGCGGCAGGAGAUGCCCAAGUCGUGCGCGGCCCGGCAGUGCUGCAACCGCUACAGCAGCCGCAGGAAGCAGCUCACCUUCCACCGGUUCCCUUUCAGCCGCCCCGAGCUGCUGAAGGAAUGGGUGCUGAACAUCGGCCGAGGCAACUUCAAGCCCAAGCAGCACACGGUCAUCUGCUCGGAGCAUUUCCAGCCGGACUGCUUCAGCGCCUUCGGCAACCGCAAGAACCUGAAGCAGAACGCAGUGCCCACAGUGUUUGCUUUCCGGGAGACAGCACAGCUGGUUAGGGAGAACACAGACCCUGCUGGCCAGAGGAGUGAUGCGCAGGCACAGCCAGGGAAGGUCUUCUCAGGAGCAGGGGCUGGGGAAUAUACCCCAGGAAGAAAGAUGGAAAUCCCACUUGACAAGCACCAAUUAUCCCCAGAUGCUGAGGCUUCUGAAAAAGAGGUCUCCUCUUACACGACACAGGAAGUCUCAUCCCGCCUCCUGCCCACCAGUCCUCCAGGGCAGAGAGGUUCACUUCCCUUCCUGGCAUCAGAUCACAGCUAUGCUCUCCUGGACUUAGAUGCUUUAAAAAAAAAACUUGUGCUCACACUGAAGGAAAAUGAACGGCUCCGCAGGAGGCUAAAGAUGCAGAGGGUGGCCAUGAGAAGGAUGUCCAGCCGCCUUCAGGCUCUCCAGGAGGAGAAGAGGCGAAAGAAAGCCCUGCAGAGGGAAGAGGAAGGACCGGCAGCCUGAGCUGGAGGAGCUCCCUCCUCUGGAAGACAGACGGUGGUCCAUCGCCUCGUCCAGGGCCCCGCUCCAUGGCGGCAGCGGCAGCGGCUCGGGCCCCACUGCUGCCGGCACUUUGGAGAGACUAGCACCCCGAGCAUGGCAGAGGAGAGGAGUGUUGGGGCAGUACAGUAAGUGGAGGGAAAAAAACCCGCUCACUGCCAUGCUGGGUCAGAAAGGGGAAGCGUCUCAAACACAGACUGAGUAUGAUUCCAUUUCAGUGUUUGUUUUUUUGCUACCACCGCAUUUCAACACGAAGCAAACAUUCCCUUAGGAUUGAUGAGCAUAGAAGGAGCUAACAGUGGGACCUAGGCUGCAAGAAGGAUGUCUUAAGUCAAGGGGAUUAGCUAGAUGUGAUGGUGGAAGAGAAAACCAGGUAGGUUUCUUUUGGAAAGAAUGGAAAGAUCCAGAGAACAGUAUUUUCCGAGGCAGUGCCUGAGAGUCCCAAUCCUCUAUGGAGUCACUCCUGCCCAAGCAGGCACUCGGAGGUCUGUCUGGGUUGGGGUUUGCCAGUAUCCUGUUGUAAAGUGGUAUAAAUUGCACUCGUAUUCCUAGUCUGAGAGGGUGUGCCUGCGCCUCCUACAAGGACUUUGCAGGUUUCUGUCCUUUGCUAGAUAGGAAUCACUUGUUUUGAGUUUCCCUCCUCGCUCCAUCCAGGCUACUGUGGACAUGGAAAAAGGCUCAGAAAUGGUUUCACUUUAUGCCUUGUAAAGCAGUGGACAGGGCACAUACCUUUGACAAAAACAUUUUGUUUAUUAAAACCCCUCACACAGCUGAUUACAGGCCCCCCCCCACCGGACUUCAAGUUCCUUGGACCAGUGUGAUGUACAACACCGUGACAGCCUCUUCCUUCUGUCCGUGCAUGCUGUGCUUUGUGUAAACAGUAGUGUCCUAUGUGUGACAUAGCCUUGUGGGAGGCUGGAGGAGGCAGAGAUUUGUGCUUCCUAAGCAUGUGUGGGACACUGUGGUUCAGUCAGAGGAGGGGUGAAAUAAAUCUGGAAGGAGCCUUCAGUGAAACCACUGCCUCUUUCCAUGAUCGUGCUUUUGAAAAAUGAGUCCCAGCUCCAGCUUUCAGAAAGGGUUUAUUAUUGACAAUACAGUGCCUUCUGUACAACCAGCUUCAACAAAAUGAAGAAAAUUGGUACCCACAAGAACCAUCUGCAGCAAAGGGGACAACGGGCCGCGUGAAGUCAGAGUCCUUUGGCAAAGUUUAUUGCACAAUUUGUAUUAGCUUCAGGUAUAGGAAACAUUGUAAAAAUGGGCAUGAAUGUCACAGAAUUAGACAACCUGAACUGUU